UUUGAAUCCUUUGUAACUUAUAAGAAGACUUCAUGUACUAUGCAAUGACUGUAGUAAUAAAUAGAAAAAUGACUGCCUUAUUUCUGUUUUAUCACGUAUUGAGCAUCUACUGGGGGAAAGGUUCUAAGUUUGGUAUACUGAAGGAUGUGAAGAAUAAAGCAUAGUUUCUGCUUUUAAGAAAUGUACAGUUCUUAAUGUAAGAUGUAUGUAUAGAUAUCAUAGUCUAUGUUUAUUUACUUUUUUUUUUUUUACCUCCCUGCUAGACCAGGUUGGCACUAUUGACAUUAUGGACUGGAUAAUUCUUUCCUGUUAGUGGCUUUCUUUGCAUUGUCGGAUAUUCAGCAGCAUCCCUGGCCUGUAUCCCCUCGGUGCCAGUAACACAUUCUCCCCCAUUCCAAUUUGUGACAAUUAAAAAUGCCUCCAUACAUUGUCAUUGUUCCUAAGUGUCAGAAUCAUCCCAAUUGAGAAUCACUGUCCUAGAAUGUAAGCUCCAUAAAGACAGAUUUUAAAAACUGUUUUGUUUACUGCUGUAUCCCCAACCCUUAAAAUAGCAAAUGACUCAUGGUAGCACCUCAGUAAAUAUUUAUUGAGGGAAAAGGUAACUAUAAUUGUGAAAAUGAGAGCUGAUAAGGGUUGAGCUAGUUUCAAAACAUUGGCUUUGGAGUCGAGAAACCUGGGUUGUAUUUCCAGCUCUGCCACUAAAACCUCUGCGGGUCUCAGUUUUCUUAUCUGUUAAUGAGAAAAAUAAUAGUAUGCCCCCCAAAAUUAGUUAUUUGGUCAGGAUCAAGGGAUGUGUGUGUGUGUUGAUAAAAUCUUCAGUAUAGUAAGUUAUUAAUGACUUACAAUAAAUUAUUUAGAAGUAUGUUUACUUCAGAGGGGAAAGUCUCAAAGUUGAGUGGAUGAAUAAAUUACAUGUUGAUUCUUAGUAUUGCAAUUGACCAUGAUUAGUAGAAGAAAAUUAUUCUAUAUUUGGGAAGUUUUGGUAAUGCGUGAUAAACUUCCAUUUUUAUUCAUUACAUUGUCUGUUAUGUGAGCGUAUUUAUCCUAUUAUGAUAUAUAUGCAGAAAACCAGUUUUUAGCAGUCCACAUGAUGCCCAGAAAUGAUGUUGAUAAUGCCAUGGAUUGUCUAUUAGAAUUAUCUGCCACUGAUACCAGGAUAGAAGAGUCGUCUUCAAAAAGCAUCAUUGCUUCUGAGAACCAAGUAAGUGCAGCAGUAAAUGAAAUAAUGGAAAAGUGUCCGCCGGAAGAAGAAAGUGAAGAUUCAAAAAUGGAUUCAUUCUUCGACAUGCAGUUAACUGAAGACUUGGAUUCCUUGAUACAGAAUGCUUUUGAGAAAUUGAACUCUUCUCCUGAUGGCCAAGAAUGCUCAUUUUUGCCUUUGCAAGAUGUUAAUAGUUUUAGUGACCCAAGUGCAUUUAUAAAUUCAGAUUCAAGUAGUAUGGAUUUGAACAAUGAAAAUUUAGAGACUUCUGCCUCUACUUUAAGUUCAAACACCUUAACUUCACAGUCAGUUUCAAAUGAGCCCGGAAGUUUUAUAAAGCAUGACACAUUGGAAGAUUCUCUUCUCAGUAGUUCUUUAAAUGUAGCAGAUGACACUACAGUGGGUUGUAGCAAUCAAAAAGAGAAUGAUCUUUUAGAAUCUGAGUGUGUUGAGACUCAGUUCUCUCAAGCCCCUGUAGAUUUGGAUGCCAGUGAACCUCAGGCUCCUUUAAACUGUACUGUGCAAAAUCCAGGGCUUGGUUUACUGGGUGCCGGAGGGAAUCAGACAUCUACUUCUACCCCUGAUGUGUUUGUACCUUCUGAAGAAUUCAAUUUCAAGCCACACAAGCAUAAUGAAUUGCCACCAAAGGGGAAGGAUGUAAGUUACUGUCCAGUGCUUGCCCCUUAUCCUUUGUUGCUGCCUCCUCCACCUCCACCAAUGUGGAAUCCAAUGAUUCCUGCUUUUGACCUCUUUCAAGCAAACCAUGGCUUUGUAGCUCCUGUUGUUACCACGGCUGCACACUGGAGACCUGUCAACUAUACGUUUCCAUCCCCAAUGAUUUCUCACCCUUCUCCAACAAAGAUAUGGAGAAAUCCAGAGGGAACAAGUGCUUAUCAAGUGCAAGAAAUUCCAGUUUCUCAGGUUGUAAGAAAGAAGACAUCUUACGUUGGACUGGUUCUUGUUCUUCUCAGAGGGCUUCCGGGAUCAGGAAAAUCUUUUUUGGCAAGGACUAUGCAAGAGGAUAAUCCAAGUGGAGUCAUUCUUAGUACUGAUGAUUAUUUUUACAUAAAUGGACAGUACCAGUUUGAUGUAAAGUACUUAGGAGAAGCACAUGAAUGGAACCAGAAUCGUGCAAAAGAAGCAUUUGAAAAGAAGGUAUCUCCUGUAAUAAUAGAUAAUACAAACCUACAGGCAUGGGAAAUGAAGCCAUAUGUUGCUUUGUCUCAAAAACAUAAAUAUAAAGUCCUUUUUCGGGAACCAGACACAUGGUGGAAGUUCAGACCAAAGGAACUUGCAAGGCGUAAUAUUCAUGGGGUAAGCAAAGAAAAAAUAACAAGAAUGUUGGAACACUACCAACGUUUUGUUUCAGUGCCAAUAAUCAUGAGUUCUUCAAUGCCAGAAAAAAUUGAACGUGUUGAGUUAUGUGCAUAUUCGCCUGAGGACCGAAGUUCUAGCCCAAAAGACAAUGAAGACAUUACCUCUGAAAAAGAAGAAAAAAUCUUAUCCUCACCUCUGAAGCAUGUAGAGUUAAUUGAAGAGAAGAAACUUGAAGUGACCAAAGAAGCUGUGUUACCUGAGACUGUCACAUGUCUCCCUAGUGAAGAUUUAAACAAAGGAAGUGAUGUGAAUCCUAACAUUCAGAGUGCUUUGAUUCAGGAAGUUCCAGACACAUAUUUUUCUAAUUCUGAAAACAAAGUAGGAGUAACAGACAAAAGUGAAAAUGAAAAGCAAGUAGAAAUGGCUUCUGAAAAAGAAUAUAGUAAAACCGAAACAGAUAGUUUUGCAGAGAUAUUGUCACCAAGUAUUAGCUAUGGUGAAAAUAAUCAAGAAGACUGUGAUCUUUCAAAUACUGUAUCACUUCAGAAUGAAAAUUCUUCACCUGGUGAAAUAUUGGGAGAAAGUGCAGCAGUAAAGAAAAAAGCCGUUGGAAAACAAAAAAGCAAAUCAACUUUAGAAAAGUCACCGAGUCAUGAGCUAUCAAACUUUGUUGGUGAUUGGCCAGUUGAUAAAACUAUUGGUCAGAGGACAAAAAGGAACCGAAAAAUGGAAAAGGCUUCAUCUGUACAAAAUGACAAAAACUAUAAUUGUCCUUCAUCAUGCAAAGUAUUAGAUAAUGGUCUGUCUGGGAGUAUGGGCAAUACCCAGCAACCAGGAUGUCCACAUGAAAGUGUAGAGGAUGACAAGUCACAAUGUGAUGAUGCUUCCGAAGCUUUUAGUAGCUGUCACUAUGAUGCUUACAAAAAUACUGAAACAAAUUCAUUUAACAUCGCGGGCGACUGGCCUUCAUCUGAUUCUUUAGCUCAGAGAGAGCACAGAUCAAAAACGCCAAAGGCUGCUUUAAAUGAACCCAGCCUAGAAUUUGCAACUAAUGACAUUAUGAGUGAAAUAUCAUACACAGCACAUGAAGCCUAUUGGGGCACAAGCCCUGAAGAACUAAAAACGUUAGGUAGUAGUAUUCUAGGAAGUUCUGAAAUGCUAUCUAGUGAAAUGACCUGUGAGAAUAAGACUUGUCCAAAUACAAUGAUUCAUGGGCAACAAUCAUUGUCUCUUACUUUUACCAAUAGUGUUCCAGCUACUCCUGGUGUAGUAGGAGCACAGACUUUAGCUGAAUUUCCAGAGGGAGAGCCUAAAGAAGCCCCUGGAGUAGAAGUAGGCAUGUGUACCCAGACAGAACCACGGGAUUUUAAUCUCUUAUGGAAAAUAGAAAAGAAUAAAAUUAGUGUUUCAGAUUCUAUGAGAGUAUUAACAGGAAGAUUAGAUGGAUUUAAACCAAAAGCUUUCAAUAUUAAUACAAACUUAGAUAUUCAAGAAACAAUUCCCUAUCGGGUAAUGCAUGAUAAAAGCACAUUUGUUGAAGAAAGUGAGCUUACCAGCGCUGAUGAAUCUGAAAAUCUUGAUGUUCUUUGUAAACUAUUUGGAUCUUUUUCAUUAGAAGCCCUAAAAGAUUUAUAUGAGAGGUGUAACAAAGAUAUUAUUUGGGCCACAAGCCUUUUGUUGGACUCUGAAACAAAAUUAUGUGAGGAUACUGAAUCUGAGAAUAUCCAAAAUUCAUAUGAUGAAACACAAAUUGGGCCAUUUUCUCAAGGACUUAAUUUGAAGGAAAUUAUUGGCCAAAGAGGAACCUUGGAAGAUUCUAAUUCUAUGCCAGAAUUUAGCCAUGAGAUUGAUAUCACUGACAUCAAUGCACAGUCUAUCUGUGAUCCAGAAAAGGGAAACUCAGAGCAGGCAGAAAUAAGAGCUACAACUACUGAAAAAUCUGGAUUAAUAAGUCUAUUUCCUAAUGGCACCAUGGAUCUAAAGAAUACUAAUGAAGUACUUCCUAAUAGUCAGGCAGAACUUCCAGUUGAACAUAAUAUUAACCAGUCGUUUUCAGGAGCUGUAAAAGCUACUCCUGCUCAAGAUUGGGGUGAAAUGGAGAAGACUCUAGAAUUUACAGAAAUUGGAGACAGUAUGCAUUCUUCUUUGAAUUUGUCUGAUAUUUUAAACUCUGUAUCGAGCACUUCAAAUCUUGAGUUAAAUGAAGAAAUUUAUUUUCCUGACUCUUGUGAAAUAAAAAAACAUGGAAAUCUUCCAAAGGACUAUAUAAAAUUUCUAAACACAGAAGAAUUUAUGAGUGAAGAUGAACAGGAAAUGGAAAGAAUUCUAAUGACGGGGAGUACUUUGCCAGCUGGAGUUAGUGAGGAAGAUAAGACGGAGAUGUUGAAUCCCACAGCAGCGAUGACCAAAUCUCUUACCAUAGACUGUCUGGAACUGGCAUUACCCCCUGAACUGGCUUUUCAGCUUAAUGAAUUAUUCGGCCCUGUUGGUAUUGAUUCAGGGUCGCUAACAGUUGAGGAUUGUGUGGUUCACAUAGAUCUGAAUCUGGCUAAAGUGAUUCAUGAGAAAUGGAAAGAAUCUGUAAUGGAGCGACAAAGACAAGAAGAGGUUUCCUGUGGCAAAUUAAUGGGAGAUCCUUCCCUGGUUGGGCAUAUUGGUCUUGAUAAUACUGAACAAAAGUCAUCUCAAAGAACAGGCAAAAAAUUACCGAAGACUUUAGCAACAUCUGAAAUGCUACCCUUACUGGAUCAUUGGAAUACUCAAACUAAAAAAGUAUCACUCAGAGAAAUAAUGUCAGAAGAAAUUGCCUUACAGGAAAAGCAGGAUUUGAAAAGGGAGUCAUUUAUGUUUGAAAAAGAUUGUGCCACUAAACUAAAGGAGAAGCAGCUCUUUAAGAUAUUUCCAGCCAUUAACCAAAACUUUCUGGUGGACAUUUUCAAAGACCACAACUAUUCAUUAGAACACACAGUGCAAUUUUUAAACUGUGUUCUUGAAGGAGACCCUGUAAAAACAGUUGUAGCACAAGAGUUUGUUCACCAAAAUGAGAAUGCCACUUCUUAUACUGGACAGAAGUCUAAGGAGAAAAAGGCAAAGAAAUCGAAGGAGACUGAAGAUACACUGAGUGAAUCAACCUUCCAGGAUUUUGAGUACCCUAAGUAUGACGACUACAGGGCGGAGGCUUUCCUGCACCAGCAGAAGAGGAUGGAAUGCUACCGCAAGGCCAAAGAGGCUUAUCGGAUAGGGAAGAAAAAUGUUGCCACAUUUUAUGCCCAGCAGGGUAGCCUCCAUGAGCAGAAGAUGAAGGAAGCUAAUCACCUUGCUGCUGUAGAGAUCUUUGAGAAAGUCAACGCCUCCCUGCUGCCGCAGAAUGUUUUGGACCUCCAUGGACUGCAUGUGGAUGAAGCUAUAGAACAUCUGAUGGCAGUUUUACAGCAGAAGAUUGAAGAAUUUAAGCAGAAUGGUGGCAAACCCUAUCUGUCUGUGAUUACGGGGAGAGGCAAUCACAGUCAGGGAGGAGUAGCUCGUAUCAAGCCAGCUGUCAUUAAAUACCUCACAAGCCAUAGCUUCAGGUUCUCUGAAAUUAAACCAGGGUGCUUGAAGGUCAUGCUAAAGUAAAAUAAACAUCCUUGACUUUGAAGUGUGAAGGUUUGUAGGUUAAAAUUAAUUUUAUUUGCAGUAAUUUAGUCAAUUUUACUAUCAACAUGUGUUUUAUUAGAAAUAAUGUCCAGUUAUAAAACAAAAUGUGAUGAUGUUUUUUAAAAUACAAGAGUUUAAUUUUUUAUUGAAUUAUAUGCCAAAUAUGUUAAAAUAUUAAAGAUAAUUUUCUUAGAUAAAAUUAUUAGAUCCAGUUUUAAAGUUUGAAAGUGCACAGAUUCUUUCUAAAAGAGAAUUUAUCUUUCUAUUAAUUGUUUGAUGUUUAGUGAAGGUCUAAUAUCUAUGAGAGGCAUUUAAGUGCUUUGAGACUUGGUUCAUGCCUCAAAGCCUAGUGUUAAAAAAACACACAGUAAUAGUAAUGAAAGAAAGGAGAGCUAAUAAAAACACUUGAAUGCUUUUUUAUUUCAGAACAAAAUUUAAAAAAACUUGUUAUUUUGCUAUAUCCUAUUGGAAGGAAGACAUGUUGUUGUGCUUUCUUCUGCUUUGUAUUUGUAUAUGGUUUUGAUCUCUUAACCUUCUGUUUCUUUUUUCUGCGUGUGGGCAUUUCCAGGAGGAAAGUUGGGGUCUGAGAUUUUAUUGCGGUUUUAUACCUUCCAAAGGCAGGACAUUUUCAGAGGAGAAGUGGUUAGAUAUCUACCAAAUGUUGCCGUCAUAUAGAACUGCUUCUAGAACCGUGUAAGUGGUAUUUAAGAUAGUUCUGAAGAGCCGUCUUUUAUAUUUGAGGUGUGUAUUUUCUAGGCUGCAGUAAGGUCAAAAUUCAGUUAACUUAAAAACAAAUAUAGAAAACAUUUUUGAUAUAAGUAUAAAAAGAAUCACUACAAUUUAAAAGUUUUUAACUUUUUAAAAAGAGCCAACUUCCUGGAAGAAAACCUUCACUGGUUUCUGUGUUUUGGUCAGCUAAAAAGUCCGGUUAGUGUGUUAAAGUAUGUCAAUACAAGUUUAAUGUGGUAAAGUUUAAUUUCCCAGUAUGAGAGUGUGGUUUAAAUAAAUUUGACUUUGGAUAUGGAGAAUACUUUUCAACAUAAAAUUUUAACAAUUGUGUUGCUCUUUGACAAGCUUAAAAAAUCAUUUGGAUCAGGAAUUAGAGGAUUGAACUGUUACUGAAAGAACCCUCUAUUACAGAAGGGUUUCCUAAAAUAACACAUAUUAAUGAAAAUAGAACUCAAAAACACACUUUUAUAUACCAUGAAAGCAUGCUUUUAAAAGAAGAGCUGUGUUGUUGAAUUUAUUUCCACAAAAAUAAAAAUAUGUUUAUUAUUUAGAAAUGGUUAGUAACUAAUAAUUGUAUUAUUCAUAUUCUAUGUUUGUAAUAACUUGUUAAAAAAAGAAAAAAUGCCAGCAGUUUAGCAAAUGUUUUUAGUAAUAUCUAGAAGAGUUAUAUACAUUAAAAAUAAAACAGUUCAUUUCAAUUGUUAAUGAUAUAAAGUAUUUUUAAGUAUAAAUUAAUAUGAUGUAAGAAAUGUGAUUAACAAUACUAAAACCUAGAGUUAUUCAAGUGUGUAGCUGCAUAUUCUGUGUUUUUAUAUUUCCACACCCAGUUUAAAAAUUGCUUUUGAGCACUUCAGCUAAACUUAUUUUAAUAAUAUUAUAAUUAUCCUUAAUGUGGGAGCAGUCAAAAAGGACAAGAGGUGAGGUGUUUUGUGGCAAAAACCAAAUGAAAGAAGUUUUGUUUUAUGUUGUCAACUUUAAUGUACUUUAUUUUGCUAAACCUAGGGUAUUUCUCCUUAAUCAUCAUUCAUAAAUAUAUAGUCACAUUUUAA